AUGGUAGUUGUACAUAGGAGUGCGUCCGGGAAAAGGAGGACGCCUGGCUCCUCCGGAGGGGAGAAGGAGCCCUCCCUUCCCUUCCCUUCCCUUCCCUUCUCUUACCAUCCGGUCUCGUCCUCCUGGCAGCCGGCCAGCCUCUCCAGCUCCUCGGGCCUGAGGGGCUCCACUUCGUCCAGGAGGCUGCCGUUCUCCCCGGAGCCCCCCGUCGCCAGGCGCCCUCCUCCUCUUGCUGCUGCUGCUGCUGCUGCUCCGUUGUCGUCGGCGGGGAGAGGCCUCCGGGGCCCGGCCUUGGGGCUGAGGCAGCGGCUGUCCAGCCCCGAGAGCGAGGGGCUGCCGCUCCUCAGGGAGGGCGAGGAGGAGGAGGAGGAGGAGGAGGAAGAGGAGGCCGAGGGCGGCGUCAGCAGCAGCGGCAGCGGCGGCGGAGAGCAGGCUCCCGGGGACCCCCCUGUUCCUGCUCCGGGCGCGAGGCUCCUCUUGGGGCUGCCUCCUGCCCCGGGUCCUCCGGCGGGGUUGGCGUUGCUGCGAAUGCGUAGCUGCUCGUUCUGCUUCUCCAGCUUCUUGACCAGCUCCUGCAGCUUCCGGACCUCGGCGUCGGCGUUGAGGCUGGA